AUGACGCGCAGAGUCUCAGCUCUGGAGGCGACGCUCGCCGUCCUCUUCGUCAUGACGGUCGUGAGCGUCACGCUGAUCACACUGAUGGCCACCGGGAAAGGUCCGGAAUCCUUCCUGAUCGGACUGGGUCGGGCCGACUGCACAGGACCUCCAGCCGACAUCCCUCUGAUGGGUUAUGCGGUCCCUCAGCAGACAGCUGCAGGGAUUCACACCCGCCUGUACAGCAGAGCCUUCAUCAUCGACGACGGGAGGCGCAGAGUCGUCUUCGUCACCGCCGACGUGGGAAUGAUUUCACAGAGGCUGCGUCUGGAGGUCCUGCGGGCGCUGCAGCUGAAGUACGGGGACCUGUACCGGCAGGAUAACGUGGUUCUGAGCGGGAACGCACACCCACAGCGGGCCGGCCGGUACUUCCAGUACACGCUGUUCAUGAUCUCCUGCAAAGGCUAUGAGGAGUCCAUCGAGCCGCUCGUCAACGGCAUCGUCAAGAGUAUAGAUGUAGCCCAUCCAGCAUUAGGGCCGGGCAGGAUCUUCCGGAGUCGGGGGGAGCUGGAGGACAGCAGCCUGAACAGAAGUCCUCACUCGUACCUGAACAACCCAGAGAGCGAGAGACACAGGUAUAAGUGGAACACGGAUAAACAGGUUCUGGUUCUGAAGUUCACCAAUCUGGACGGAGACGGCAUCGGUAUGCUCAGCUGGGUUUGCGGUUGCACGCCGUCAGCAUGAAACUACACCAACCGGAUGGUGAGCAGCGACAACAUGGGAUACGCCUCCUACCUGCUGGAGCAGGACAAGAACCGCGGGCAGCUGCCUGGACAGGGAGGUUUCGUUGCUGGUUUCUCAUCCAGUAAUCUCGGAGACGUCAGUCCGAACACCAAAGGUCCUCGCUGCAUGAACACCGGGCUGCCCUGUGACUACCUGAACAGCUCCUGUCCCGUGGGAGGGACUAAGCAGUGUGGGGCGUUUGGACCUGGAGCCGACAUGUUCGAGAGCACGAGGAUCAUCGGACACAGCAUCUACAUGAAGGCCAAGGAGCUGUAUGGUACUGCAGUGGAAGAGGUUACAGGUGUUCUGCACUCGGCCCAUCAGUGGGUCAACAUGACGGAUGUUACUGUCCAGAUCAACACCACACACACGGCCAGUACAUGUAAACCAGCUCUGGGUCACAGUUUUGCAGCGGGAACAACAGACGGAGGAGGAGACCUCAACUUUACUCAGGGCGCUGUGGAGGGCGACCCGUUCUGGGACGGGAUCAGAGAUGCUCUGGUGGGUGAGCCGUCCAAUCAGUCGCAGGCGUGUCAUCAUCCCAAACCCAUCCUUUUCAACACCGGGGAGAUGAACUGGCCUCUGCCCUGGCAUCCUCAGAUCGUUGACGUUCAGAUCAUCACUGUCGGCUCUGUAGCUGUGGUGGCCGUUCCUGGAGAGAUGACCACCAUGUCGGGGAGGAGGUUAAGAGAAGCCGUCAAACAGGAGCUGCAGUCGGAGGGUGCGUUCAGGGACUCGGAGGUGGUGAUCGCCGGCCUGAGUAACAUCUACACGCACUACAUCACCACCUUCGAAGAGUACCAG